UCUGACUGACGGCCCCUCAGAUCUAGUGGGGGAGCAACCCGACUUAAGUUGUCAUGAAAAAGGAAGACAGGAGGAGGUGAAGAUCUCAGCUGGGGAUGUGCAGGGCUGGCCAGCUCCAGGUACAAGGGAUUGCCUGCAGAUUGCUUCUCUGAGUCCCUCCUCUCAGAAUCAGGAGAGUCUAAGCUGAAGAAGAGUCUUCCUCCUUCAAUAGUAACAUGCCAGCAGUCCUCCCAGCCAAUGAUUCUUUUGCAGCAGGCAGGACUUCCUCCUCAUCCUCGUCCUGAGAAGCCUUCAUCUCCUCCUAUGUCAGUGGCCACAAGGCCAAGAGCCAACUCACCACUGUCCCCACAGAAACCGUUUGGACUGGGGCCUUCCUUGCAGCACUCACAAGAAGAGGAGCUUGCAAAGGAUCCUGUGCUGGAGGAACUAUGUAAGCCUCUGUGUUGUAAACUUUGCAAUGUCACUCUGAAUUCAGCACAGCAAGCCCAGGCGCAUUACCAGGGUAAAAACCAUAGUAAGAAACUUCGGAAUUACUAUGCUGCAAAUAGUUGCCCAGCUCCUGCCAGAAUGAGCAAUUCAGUGGAGCCUGCCGUGCCUCAGAUUGUCUCCCAUCCAGCUCAGAUGGGCGCCUCUAAACCAGGAGGCCGAGUGAUCAUGGCCACAGAGAAUGAUUACUGCAAGCUUUGUGAUGCCUCAUUUAGUUCCCCGGCUGUGGCCCAGGCUCACUACCAAGGAAAGAAUCAUGCCAAGAGGCUACGCCUGGCAGAAGCACAGAACAACUCAUUCUCGGAUACAUCAGAACUGGGCAAACGGAGGGCACGGAAAGAAGGGAACGACUAUAAGAUGAUGCAGAAUAGAAGAAAUGUGUAUGCGGUUCAGAACAAUACAGGUCCCUACUUCAAUCCACGCUCCCGCCAGCGAAUUCCUCGUGAUCUCGCCAUGUGUGUCACCCCAAGUGGCCAGUACUACUGUUCCAUGUGCAAUGCCGGGGCUAGCGAAGAGAUGGAGUUCCGACAACAUUUAGAAAGCAAACAGCACAAAAGCAAGGUGUCUGAACAGCGGUAUAGGAAUGAGAUGGAAAAUCUUGGCUAUGUACAAUGACACGCUAUCCCUUGGUAGUAGUUUGCAGAUAGAGCAGCUUGUCUCGCCUGCUGUUUGCCACAUGCCCUGCUUUGUGCUCCAUUUGAUAGGAGUAUGCUCUCUAGCUAUACAUGUAACACCUGCAAACUUAAUGGUAUGGUUAGGGUAUUUUUAUAUCGCUGUUGGCAGGAAUAUGCGCUGCAGGAUGUGAAGUGGUUUUAAUGUUUGUUUGCUUGUUAUCUAAAGCUCUUCAUUGCAUUUUGGGGGAGCCCUGUCCUCCCCCAUGCCCUAUUGCAUGAAUGUGCAAGGCCCAAGAAGCACUGGGACCACCACGGUUCUGCCACGCAGGCAGGGUAUGUGGAGACGCAACACCCCUUUUGGCGUGUCCUGGAGUUGUGCUCCACAGCAUCACUCCACAGCAGGGGGACUUUAUGGGCAGGCUAGAGAAGAGGAGGGAACAGAGCCAGCGGACGUGUGAAUGGCAUUGCUGGCCACACAUCCCUGCUAGCAGAAGCAUCAGAAGCUAUAGCCUCAAAUACAACUUGCAGCAGGUGCCUCCUGCAUUCCUGUCAGUACGGCACAGAAGCUAAUAUAAUCUGAUGGAGGCUCUGUACUGAGCCGUGGCCCUCUAUAGGACAGCAUGGAUGGUGCAAUGAGUGUGGGCUGGGAAGGAAUCGUGGGUCCAAACACCCUAUCAAAUUGGUGCUGAGGGGGGUCAGGUGCUGUUCUCCAGCCUGUAACUGUAGAGGGGGUGGGUCUGUGAUGUAGUAAAAUUCCCUGGAAAUUGGGGAUUAUUGGAUUUCAACUGCCUCAACCUCCACUCCAUUCAGCUGCACUAAGCCUGACAGGUGUUAUAUGUGCAAAGUGAAAUUCACCCUCGGAGAAGAGCUGCUCGUGUUGGGCAUAUUUCCUCUCUUCCCUUUACUCUAAGUCUCAGACUGGGCUUUCCUUUAUCUUGCCUCCCACUGAACAUCAGCGUUUUAGUCUUUUGUUUUAGGGACGGGAUAAUGAGCGUGACUGUCAUGUUCUCCCACGUAUUAUCUCCAGGCUAGGCUGCUGUGCUGCCCCUUAUUAGGGUGACCAGACAGCAAGUGUGAAAGAUCGGGACAGGGGGUGGGGGGUAAUAGGAUCCUAUUUCAGAAAAAGCCCCAAAUAUCAGGACUGUCCCUAUAAAAUCGGGACAUCUGGUCACCCUAUCCAUCAUGCAAUCUCCGGGCUGGGCUGCUGUGUUCUCCCCUGUGUGGUAUUCAGGCUGAGCUACUAUGCUGGUCUCCUACUGAUCUCUGAGCAGGGCUGCUAUGCUCUCCUCUGAUCAUUCACGCCGUUGUGGCGAAUUUAAUGAUCCUGAUCUUUUUUUUUAAGUAGGAUCAGAACCAGGCGGGUGCUGUGGAUAUCUCCCUUCCAGGUCAGCUUUACUGUUCUGGUUUUCUGCUAGUGUAGCUCCUUUGUUUCUCGGGUGGGAGGUUACUAGAGGUGAAAAGGUGCUUUGUAGCUUGUGCCCUCCUCCUGGAGACAGCGAGUCAACGUCUGCCUCGGUGUAAUCCCAUUGACUUCAGUGGGGCCGCACCGGGGAUGAAUUUGGCCCAGUGCAUAUGUUGCAGACAGCUCUGUUUUUCCCCAUCCUUCACUGGUCCCUGCUCCCUAGUUUCCUGCAUUCCACCAGCCCUCUUCAGCCUUAAAAAACAGAGUUUCUGUUCAUCUUCUCAGGCCACCACAGAAAGGCUUGUAUCACUUGUGUGCUCUAAAGUAAAAGCUGUUCUUCAGACUUUGAGUAAUCUGUAUCAUUGGCCACCUCUAGCGAGCACUGCACAACUGCCCUGUCUUUUAUAUAGCACUCCUAUACUCCAUGAGGUUAAACUGUGAUGGAGGUCAGAGCAAUCAUCACAUGCUCCCUGCUGAUCCAUGUUUAUAUGCAUGGUAACAGACUUCAGUGUCUGUAGCGCCCAAUGCUGGUCCUCUGCGCAAAGCCUGAGUAUAUAGGCUUUGCACAGAGGAACUCCAUUGGGUGGAAUGGGUGGGAGAACAGAAUCCCGGGUUGCAGAGCACAAGCACAAGCACCUUCCCCUGUGCUCUCCUUGGCUGGCACCCUGGCCAUGCCCACUGGCCUGCCCCAUUCCCAACCUUCCUGUGCUGCCGUAGAGAGUGCAGUCCUUGGGUAUGACCUGCUCCCCAUUCCAGACAGUGGAACUGUGGCCUUUCCUCUAUUUUCCUGGCUGUUCCCCGCCCCCCCGUGUAAGGACGGAGGAUGGUGGACGAUAGUUGUCCUGUGGUGUCUCCCCCCACGAUAGCUGCAUCGUGUUUAAAUGUCCAUUUGCCAUAAACCACGGCAUGGUGUUUCCAUUGUUUCAUGCAACACUGAAUAAAAUGAGAGCUGGGGAAAGCCCUGUUAUAUCUAGUGUCUAGCUUGGUGUCUAGCCAAGGAGGCAUUUUCCCUCACAAAACAGUGUCUAGCUGAAAUGCCCCAGCAAUGGGGCUCCCACGGUUUUCCUUGAGAGGCUGCCCAACAGGCAGGUAGACUUCCCCCAGUUUGAACAUCAGGGAUGAGGGUUGUCACCUCCAGAAUUCCAUCUCUCCUCUGCCCUGGUGUGAAGCAGGGAGUGGGACUCCACAGCAACUGUUGACAGGUCUCCCAGGCAGGAGAAAAGGCAUCCAGGGCUAGAAGAAUGUGGGACAUGCUGGGAUUUGCUCUGUCCAGAAGUUCUGAUGUGAGCACAAGGGAACCAAAGACUGCCCGUCCCAUCACAGCACCCACAGUGGUUUCUCCUUGACCUAGAAAAUGGCUAAUCAUGAAGGUGUGAAAAGAAACAACCUUAGACCUCAUUAGUGUUCCUGCGAUAGCAGGGGCCUGGACUCAAUGACCCAGGAGGGCCCUUCCAGACCUAUGCCCGUAUGUUUUAAGGGUUAAAGCCAACCCAAGGGCCCUUCAGCAAGAGGAGAAGGUCAGAACUUGACUAUAUGCAUAUUAAAGUAAUUCUGUACAUAAGGAUUCAGAAUGCUUGGGGAAAACAUAUCCUGCUAUAGUUACAUUCAGAAAUGGGGGGUGGAGUGGGAGCACGGCAGGGGGCAGAGAGGCACCAUACCCAGUAAGAAUACAGGUGUGGCACCUUUUUAGAGACACCCCUCCCCCCGAAUAGUUUAUUUUUUGACUGGAAAAAUAAAAUGGACUUUUGUGAAGCUAUCACAUUGGCCAGUAGAUUAAUGACCUUUGCUGCUAAAAAAAAAAUCAUUGCAUUCAUAUUUAUUUUAUUAUGCUGACCACUGACAGUCUUGUGAAUAUUUAUGGCUUUAUCCUAUGGGUGGUUUUUGUUUAAAUAGAAAAAUCUUCAGCGCACUUUAAUUUCGAAUCAGACUAGAUAUUUAUUAUUUGUGAAAAUGUGGCUCUUCCUCCUCUCCCCACGUAUAUGUAUUUUUUCUUCACAUAAAAUAAAAAUUGUUCCUUUAUGUUUUCAUGGCAAACAAAUUCAGGGUUUGCCUCCAGAUUUUUAGUUAGGUCACAAUUUCAACCUUUGUCUAAAUGGUGGACUCUGUAAAUUUAGCACAUGUUAAUGUUAACUUUAAAUACAUAUGCAUUUCAUUCCAGCUGUAGCUUUUAUUUUAAGGCAAUGAGACCAAUACAUGGGAUCCAUAUAAUUUAUAUGGAGUAUGAAAGAGGUACUGUUUUGUUUGUAUUAAGCAUUAGAUGUCAUUACACAUUAACAAAUAAAUGUGUUAUAUCAUUAACUAACAUGGGGCUCAGUUCUGCUUAUAGUUAUUCUGGUGCAAAUCUGAAGAAACCCUUCUAACUUCAGUGGAGUUACUCUGGAUUUACACCAGUGUUACCAAGAGCAAAAUUUAGUCCAGGAGAUUUUUUUUUCCCUUACUACAUGAACGUUAUAGGGAGAAUCUAUCUGUAAGCAUUGAUUCAUAUUUUGGCUUACUAACAUGCUGUUAAUAACAUGAGCAAAAUCCUGUCGUCACAUUACUCAGGCAAGACUCCCAUUGACUGCAGGGGGGUUAUUGCCUCAGUACGAAGUGAAUGACAUGGCUGCACUGUAUACUUACGUUGGCCAUGCCAAAACAAAGCAGGGUGCUAAAUGUUCUCUCAAUCGUAGAUUUUGUUACAACAAUCUAGGCUGGCUUAGGCUUUUUAAAGAAUUAUUUCUCUUGCUCUGUAAGGGCAUGAACUUGCUCCCACUGAAAUUGGUGGUGAAGCUCCCAUUGAUUUCAGUGGAACAGGGUCAAGCCCUAAACCACUCCAGGAACUCUGUAGUGCUGAUGCCUUGUCAUGUACAUGUUUUUAUGUCUGUAUCUACAAGGAUUCUCUGGAUGAGGAAGAAACCUUUUGCCCCUUAAGAAGAACAGAUUUCAAGAUGGAUCCAAAAGGAACUAUUUUUACAACUGGCAAAGUCCAUGUUUUCCCAGGAAUAAAUUAGCAUGUGGGAUUGAACAACCGUGGACCUGAUCCUGAUUUCAUUUAAGUCAUGAUGAACCUCCCAUUGACUUCACUGGAGCAGGAUCAGUUGCCACCUGCAUCAAAUUGGAAGUAAAAAUAAAAUCUGCUUUUAAAUAAAUUGUUAGACAGUAAUAGCUGGAAUCCUUUUCCCAGUGAUGAGAAAAGGCCAGUGGAGUUAUAUAAAAAAUGAAUAAGGCAUCUGCACUGAAAGGGAGGAUUAUGGAUGUUUCUGAAACAAAACACAAAAUAGUGAAUGUGGAUACAGAAUUGGUUCAGUUCACUUUGGAAGGAACUGAUUUAAUUUCUAUCCUGCAUCUGUAUAGUAGCAUCAUUUGCAAAUGCUUUGAAUGUACGUCAUCUAGAGCCUUCUUGUCAGGUUCGUUUUGUACACUUGUCCCUCUUUUUAUUGCAUUGAACUCUGUAGGGGAAUAAUUGAGUUGAUGAAAAUGAACCUUUUCUCCACUCUACAAUAAAUUGUCUUGCUCUCACCGUUCCACAA